CCGCAGGAGUCCGUGUUUUCUUCCGGCGUGGAUCAGCACCACGGACAGCGACCAUGACUCGGCUGCGCAGGAAAGCUUUUGUGGCGCUCUUCCUCUUCACGCUUUUCAUUUUCGGCACCAUGAUGGGUCUCAGGACUCUCAAACCCAGCGACGGCUUCUCGGAUCUGGCUCCUGGGAUGGACUUCGUCGGGGACAGACCCGAAAUAAGGCGUCCGGACGUGAAAGACGUGGCGGUGUCACAGGGCCAGUACCGCGUGGCCAACAGCGACACCAAGGUGGUUUUCACCCGGUUAGACCGAGAGCUGAGCAUUUUCUACGACGUGCACAUCUUUUACUACCUGUGGUACGGAUCUCCAAGCGUGGACGGGAAGUACGUGCACUGGGACCACGUCCUGGUGCCGCACUGGGACCCGAAGAUCGCAGCCAGUCACGCUCAAGGAAGACACACACCUCCAGAAGACAUCGCCUCCAGUUUUUACCCCGAGCUGGGACCUUACAGUUCCAAAGAGCCGGAGGUGCUGGAGUCCCACAUGACCCAGAUAGAAGCAGCUGCAGCAGGGGUUCUGGUGCUGUCCUGGUAUCCUCCCGGGCUGGCUGAUGACCAUGGCGAGCCCACGGAGGACCUGGUUCCUGCGGUCAUGUAUGCCGCUCACAGGCACAGCAUCAAGGUAACUGGAAAACGGCGUGUCCACGGCUGUGGGACCGUGUUUGCUGAAAAAAAUGACGGCGGACAGAUGAGACAGAAGCCGCAGGAAGAACAUCGGAUUGGAGCGUGGACGGACCGCGAGCUUCUGAGGAGACUUCAGAGGUGA